GUACCUCCUGUGUGUCUCACUGGCUUGAUUCGUUGAGCGUUAGCUGUGAUAAUAAUGGCCUCAUCGUAGUAAACUGCCAGGAUGUGGUUUGUAAUCAACCUGAAAUAUAAGACGUGAAUGGACCUGAGCAUGUAACCUCUUGCUUUGUCCGUUACAGAAUAUCUUUGUAACGUGAACAGACCGUGCCUCUCGGAUAAACACUGAACGACGAGCACAGUGGGAAGAAACGAUGUGGGUUAGGAGAACCAGCCGACAUCCUCGGACAUGUCAAGCUAUGCUCGCCAUUUUUUGGCUAACUUUGGGUGUGCAGCUGGUGAGCACAUCGUCUGAUUCUGACCCUUAUAAAAUUCUGGGUGUCGGCAGGAGUGCGAGUCAAGCAGAAAUCAAAAGGGCUUACAAGACUCUGGCUAAAGAAUGGUGAGUGGCUGACAGCAAGUGCUCCCAUUAGGCCAUCACACAUUGGCUGUAGCAGAUGGGCCCUUUCCCCUCAAUAGUCAUACUCUGACAAUCCUCUAUUCCUUUGUGACACAGCAGUAAUUUAUGAUGUCCUGUGUGGGCUUUUUUUCCCCCAGGCAUCCAGACAAGAACAAGGAUCCAAAAGCUGAGGACAUGUUCAUCAAGAUUUCCAAGUCAUAUGAGGUAGAUGACACUUGUUAUGACACAUGAUUUAUUUACACUGCUCAAACUAAUGACUGCUUUCUAUAUGGCUCACUCUACCUGUUUUACUGUCUGCGUCUCCCUGCAUUCAUAACACCAUUGUCCUCUGCCUUUACAGAUUCUGUCCAAUGAAGAGAGGAGGUCAAAUUUUGACCGCUAUGGGCAGAUGGAUGAAAACCAGCCUUUUGGACAGUCUCAGCAUCAUGGCUUCCAUGGGUUCCACAACAGCUUCUACUUUGAUGAGUCUUUUUUCCAUUUCCCCAGGUACAUCAGGCUCAGUUUUGUUUAGUCUUUUCUGGUCAUCAGAUUUCCGAAGUGACCAAAUCCUGUCUUCUUUCUCUUGUACCCAUGUUGUCAUAAGUUUGUUCAUAACUGUUUGUUUCAAGGCUGUAACUGUGCCCAGUUCGGGGUAUAUUUUUGGCCCCCUUGUGAUUACACCAUGUCACAGAAAAUAAUGAUAAAAGAUAACUGCCACCAUCUUGUAUCAGAGGUUAUUGCCCUUACAGUGAAUGUAUUCCCAGGAUUUAAUAAUGCAGAAUACUCCUGGAGCAUUGGCAUAUCACUCUCAUUAUGUAGCUAAUAAAGCAGGGGAAAUUAGAUUUUAAACUGAUCAGUUAUCACAUAUUUGGUUUUUUGGUCUUUCAUGUUUCAGGAGCUGUUGGCCUUUUUUUGGUUGUACAUAAUUUUACAUUCAUACAUUACGUAAAUCUUUUUUUUUUUGCCUGUAUAUCAAACAUUAGAAGCAAUCUAAAGACAUUUAAUUGGAGACUCUUUGCCAAGGGUUGCAUUUGUUUUGUUAAACAUUUUUGUCUGGAAAUAAUUUGAAAAGAUUGUCUACUGCAAGUUUGAUGUACUAUGAUAUCCACAAGUUAUCCAUUUACUUUAUUUUAACUAAAAGAUCACAGUUAGUUUAAGGAGAAAAAUCAGUCCAAUGCUUUUUCUGUCUAUCAAACUGAAUGUCACAGCUGUGUCUCCAAAGAUUUGGAACAGAUGAAGCGAUCCAGACUCUAUUCUCUCAGGUCAUGGCCUGAAGGCAGAGCACCCUGUAGAUGAUGUCUAUAAAAAGAUUCACCGUCUUGUUUCCAACCCUCAUCCAGGUCCAGGGAUUUUGCAGACAGCAAGUACCUGCUUCACCACGCACAGUUUAACAGCGAUGUCCUCCCAGAGAGCCAUAAGAGGCCUUAUCUCAUCAAAGUGACCUCGGAGUGGUGCUUUGCAUGCAUCCACAUCGAGCCUGUGUGGAAGGAGACGGUGCAGGAGCUGGAGCCGCUAGGUAAUCUACUCUCACUAGACGCCCACCACAACAAUUAGAGGAAAGGACUGGUUUCCUUAAAAGCAUCACAACAUAAGGCUAAGGAUGGUUUUGUUUCAGGCCAUUAGAUGUCACUCUCUGCAUUAGGAUGCUUUACAGAGAGCUGUUUCUUUAAUUGUUCAUCAGGGUUUAUUUAUUCGGCUCAGUUUUCUCACAGCAAACUGUAAAGCCAAGGGAGGAAUUCAACAUCAUGUAACAAAGUUCUGACACAGGGGAUGAAUUUAAAGUGGUCAGGUCAAUUCUGCAAAAUAGAAGUGCAAUUACAAGAGCCCUAUUGGCUAACUCUCAUGCUUGGUCUAUUAUGACUAAGUCCUUGAAAACUGUCCUGUGUAUUUAUAUAGCCAGUGAAACAUUGCUGGUCAGCAGCAUGUAUCAUAGCGUUUGCUAUCUAUCGUUUAGAUGAGUAUGUCUGAAGAAAAUCUUAGUUGUAAUGUAUUCAAUCUUUAGCUUAUAUCAGCAUAGAGUAUAUCACUGACUUUGGCCACUUCAGAGCAGAGCACCACAGCAAAAAUAGGACCACAAUUGGGCUGACACAUUAAGGAUGUAGUAAGUAGCUUUGUUUAGUAUUUGAAAAUCUCAUUUUCUGACUCAUCAAGCAGACAGUUUCGUCCUCAGGAACUGAUGAGUGAUGAAAUAUACGCACCUGUACAAUAACAAUACGAUUUUGUUUUUUUGUUUUUUAUACAAAUUGUAACAAACUGAAGAGCAAUUCCAGAAAAAAUGAGACUACAUCAAUACAACUACACGCAUGGCACAUUGUGCACAUACACUACAGCAAAUAUAACUCAAAUUCAACAUAUUGUUUUGUCUAUAUGCGCAGAUAUGAUGGUGACAUUGAAAAGUGGCAGGUGCUGCUGCAUCCGUUGGUACUUUAGUGACAUAUCAUGGCUGAUUUUAUGUCAAGAGUCCUUUAUUUUAAAAGAUUAAUGUGCCUUGAUCUACAGUGCCAGACACAAUACCAGCUUCUGUUUUUUCCACUUACACCAGGUAUUGGAAUAGGCAUAGUGGAUCUGGGUUAUGAACGGCGCCUCGCCAACCAGCUGGGUGCACACCGCGCUCCUUCAAUCAUCGGGCUGGUCAACGGCAGGGUGACCUUCUUCCAUCAAGCUGUGGUCCGGGAGCACAUUCGUCAGUUCAUUGAAGAUCUGCUUCCUCAGAAGCUAGUGGAAAAGGUUAAUACUUCUGCAUGUGUACUGUCUUUAAAAACAUUCAAGCCCCAAAUGUUUUAUAAAAUCACCUUCAGGUCUGAUAGUUUUGUAUGUGGAAAGUUGUCAUUGAUGCUCUCUUUUACGCUUUUAAGUAUACUGUUAUUCAAUGAAGUACAAAAACUGUUUCAACUGAUGACCGCUGUUCCUCCAGGUGACUGACAACAAUUACCAGGCUUUCCUGGAUAACUGGCACGCUGGAAAUAAGCCCAGCAUCCUCUUGUUUGACCAAGUCCCCUUCCCCUCCUUACUGUAUAAAGUAAGUGAAGUGUUUACAGACUCAGUUGCUUUGCAGUAAUUAGACCUAAUGUUAAAACAGAAGUGGAGGGAAAUAUGUGCAGGUAGAUGUUACAGUCCUGAUUGCUAAUGAGUGAAUCAUUUUUUCCUUCUUACACAGUUUUGCAUUCCUGGAAAUGUAUUUUGACCAACCUUUAUUCCAACAAAAUUUGACUAACAACACAAAGACAACCAUUUCAGUAAAACUCUGACCAAUCACGUCUUUUUUAUAACUACUAAGUGAGUCCAGUGAAGAGUCAACGUAGAAAUGUAUAAAAUGUUGAAGAGUGAGGAUCUCAUCUUAUCUUUAUCUUAUCUCUUUCCCCCUUCACUCCAGUUAACAGCAUUUGCCUUCAGAGACUAUGUUCGCUUCGGUUACGUGGAUCAGGGUGACACCCAGAACAAUCGAAUACUGCAGCAAUUCAACAUAAACACAUACGCCCCCACCAUGCUGCUGUUUAAAGAGGAUACAGAGAAGCCUGUGGACAUCAUCCAGGUACAUCCAACGCAGGCUCAUCAUUCUUCUUUAUCAUGAUAAAAUACUAUUUAAUGGUUUCAGUUUCGAAAUAUUCAGUAAAUCACAGCUUCUCCUUUUUGUCUCUCUCAGGCCAGAGGGAUGAAGCGACAGAUUAUGGAUGAGUUUGUUUCCAACAACAAAUUCCUGCAGGUCCCACGGCUGGUCAACCAGCAGCUCUUUGAUGAGCUCUGUCCUGUGAAGCAGUUUCACCGUCGAAGGAAGUAAGACAUUUUACAAGCAGAGUCCUUGCCUGCGGUCCUGUUACUUACAUCUCUCUGAAAUGAAACUUUUGGGUAAUGUGAUAAUGCAUCUUCUUUGCCUCCCCACUCCUUCUGUACUCCCACUGUUUUUGUUAGAGAAAGGAAAUGAGCUGAGGGAGCUCUGGUGAAUUGAAUUACCAUCCUGUAAGCCCCAUUUGUCUUUAUAAAAUGUGAAGUGACUGUGAAAUGUUUGCAGGUACUGUGUGCUGCUGAUCACGGGUGAAGACCAAGCCUUCCUUCCAGGCAAUAAGGCCUUCCUGGACUUUGCAUCAGCAAACAGCAAAGAAGUACUACGGUUUGCGUAUGUCUAUCAGCGCCACCAGCAGCCUCUGUGUCAGGCUUUGCUCCACAAUCAAGCUACUCUCUCACCUCAGGUUAGCAGGAGUAAAACACACAAACUCAAAAACACAAAAGAUCAUAAAGCAAAGAAGCUAUGGAAUUUCCCAUCAUCAUGUGUAGACUUACAGUGGGGACAGUGUGGGCAAAUAUUUUCUAUCCAAAUCAUACAGAAUAUGAUAUGCAUCAGACCACUGAUAUGUCUAUUCUUGGCUGCACAAUGUUGGUCUUACUGUAAAAGUGAAUUGUAACACCACCUUUAGGUUGUGAUUCUGGAGAGGCGGAGCCAGGCUGGGAGGGUGUUCUUCCGCUCUGUGAGCGGUGGCUGGAACGGCAGCGAGGAAGACAAAUACCGUCUUCAUGAACAGCUGGAGCUCCUUCAAAAAGACCCCACCUACCUGACCUCAGACACAACCCUGCCUGAACUCAACAACGAGAUGGCUCCUGUAAGUUAUACAGACACACACUCAUCACCUCUUUGGAGUGUGUUUGAAACAUACCAGACAGACCAAAUUGUGGAUUUAUGUCAUUGGUUUCCUUUUCAUUUAAACCCUCUAGAUAUUUAUUAUUCAGUGGAUAAAUGCUGCCUACGACUACAUCCUACAACUUUAUGAUGACCUUCUCUACUCAAACUGGUAAGACUACACCCUGCUAAAGAGUCUGCAGCAUUUAUUUGCUGCAAAGAAGGAGGAGUGUCUCUGUCUGAUAUGGCCUGACGUUCAUAUUCUCUAAAAUGUUUCUCUAAUAACUUUCUUCUCCCCAAGGCGAGAAAUGAUGCCCAUCCUGUCACUCAUCUUCUCAGCCCUCUUCAUUCUUUUCGGCACAGUCAUCAUUCAGGCCUUCAGGUGAGAGAAGGUUGCCAAUUACACUCCUUUGUGAUGUUUUGGCUUCAGCCAAGCCAAACACAAGCACUGCCUAGGUUUCAUCAGCUUUUUUCAUUUUUCUAUUUUGAUGUAUUUUUAGUGAACCAGGUGAGAGCAAACCUCGGAAACCUAAACCAAAGGAGCCACCACAGACUGAGGAUGACGCUUCAAGCAGAGCUACUACCACAAGGUAAUGUAGUAGGGAGAAGUGAACACCAGAUGGGGGCAGAAUAAAACCUGCGGCAGCAUACUUGUUUAAAUUAUGAGACAAAACAGCAAAAAAGAGAUCAUGACUCUGAGUAAGUGUAUGUGAAUGAUAUUUUUUGUCACUACUUUUUUAUGUGAAUGGCUGUUUAUGUACAACUGAGAAGACCUUGAGGGAUUUGUGGUCCGUUCUUCCUGAAAUAUGUCUUUUUAGUUGAGAAAGCAGCCUCAUGCGGUCCCACAUGUAUUCCUCUGCCUGAUCAUCAAACAUGACUCAGCAGAAUAGUGGUAAUGAAUUAGUUAUUUUCUUCCAAAACCAACCUGAGGUGUGAUUUAUGGAGAGUAAACAAAUCUGUGGAGGAUAUGCAAAUAACAGACACAUAGCCAACCCUUAAUGUUAAUUUACAGCUGGCUUAUGCGAACUGCUUUUGCAGCUUUCGGCACUAUCCCAGCUUGUCUCUGGCUACAUCCACUGUGCAGCAUCUUUAUUUAUAUUUCAUAUGUCCCUCUUCUGUGACAGUCUGAGCCAGCCAGAUAAAUGACUGUCACUUGAGGACAUAACCAAUUAAGGACACGUAGCUUAGAUUUUUUUAUGACUGAUACAAUAAUUGGACUUGGCUGCUUGUUUUUUUUUUUUAAUAUACUUUAAAAGAGGAAACUUGUUUUUUCUAACAGAGGGGGGCAUGGGUUGCGUGAUCACAGACAACAUCUCGGUACUACUUAGUAGCAGCGAACGCCCCCCGUAAUAACCCCACGUAAAAACAGUUGUUCAGGACUGUGCGCAACAUGCUUACUCGUGCUUCCUACUUGGCUACCGUAGUAACCAUUCUUCUAGUCUACUCGCAACAUUUUUGUUCUCAUUCAUAAAACACUUAAAUCGGGGACAUUUCCCGGGACAGCUUUAGCCGUGGGCAGGUCAUCCAAUACAGGGACUGUCCCUGGAAAUCAGGGACGUUUGGUCACCUUAACCUAAAGUGUACUGCACGCUCCUCUUCACGUGAGCUUCAGCCUAACAUUGCUGGUGUAGUAGAAGUAGCAGGUGACAUAGAAGCCAUUCAGCUCUCUGACACUAAUGCCUUUGAGGGCAUGAUGAAAGUUCAUAUCAUAAUCAGCUUUCUUACGAGCAUCUGCUAACGUACACGCUAACGUUCUGCGAUUGUCAUCUCUACUUUUCUGAGUCUGGCCUGCGUAGCGGGGCUUUGUGGGCGAAGCUUGCAGUUGUGAUGAAGGAAAUCUCACUGUGUCUGAGCCUGCAGUUUUGGUCUGUGAGAGGUUCACAGAUUUGAAUGAAGAAAUACUCAGAAAUGCAAUUUUGCACUUAUUUUUCACAUGAUAUGUCCUGUAGCAUCAGAAAAAUGCCGUAUGACCAUGUAGACACAAGAAAAACGUGAUUUUCAUCGGAGUGGGUCUUUACAUAAAGGAAAAAAUUUCCUUUGUUGUAAUGCUUUUAGGCCCCUUUUUCAUGAGGGGUUUAUCUUCCGUGUACAUGUUUCCCCUGACUCAAAGCCUGUGUAGACAUGGUAGUGACUUUCAUUGCUAUGCAGAUGACCUCAAGCUCUAUGCCCCGUAAACCUGGCACCAUUAAUAUGUCUCACAUCACAUCCUGUCUGACUAAAAUUAAAAAUCGGAUGUCCAAAAAUUCUCUGCAGCUGAACGACUCAAAAUGUAAAGUUCUAGCUACAUUCAUAAUCUGUCCUCCAGUCUGGGUGCCUUACCUAUGUAGCAAUUUGAAUUAAUAAUAAAUAUCUGAAGAUGAAUAAUCUUAAAUUAAGACAUUUAUGCACUCGUUGAAGGGGGCACCACCCACCUUCAAUGGUGGGAAAAUGAAGAAAAAGAAAAGUUUAAUUCAGAAAUCAAACAUUAAGUUAAUCUUAAAUUAAUCAAUCUCACAUCAAUCAAUCUGAAAAUGGGAUACAUCUCAUUUUACCACAAAUUUCAUGAUUAGACAGAUUACUACAUUGCUGAACGCAUAAGAAGUCAUGAUCAGUCAUUUGUAUUCUUUCUCUGAAGGAAUGCAGGUUUUAUCAGCAUAUGGUCAAGCAGGGUCAUACGACAGAGGUCUGGAGGUCAGUGUCCCGCUCCUCAGACCUUUCCUUAGAUCCCAUGUGUUCACACACUUAAAGACGGUAAAUCUCAAAUGGAAAAUCUGGGUUGAGGCAUUAAUGUUUAUAUAGAUGGUCAGCGAUUAAGUCAGUUUGAAAGGUAAUAAAAACUCUGUCUCUGUUCUCCGAAUUGACCAAUCGUGAAGAGCCAGAGGUUUAGGUCAACCUCCUGUCGGGUCAGUUGGGAAACCUGAAAGUGCAAACAAGUCUGGAAAGAUUUAUAUUAUCCUGUGUCCUGGGACCAGAUAAGGGACCUUUCCUGCAAAGAAUGUGCGAGUUUCACACACAGGGUUGUCUUGAUGCUACACCUAAUAGUAUUCGCCAAGAGACACACAACCCAGGACUCAUUUCUGACUCUGGCCUUUCUUUUGACACCCAGGUGCAGUCCUGGACUAAAAUCAAGUGUUUUCUUUUCCCCUCUGACAAACAAACAAACAGUAAUGCAUUUGUUUCUUCCAUCCUGGUGUACUAUAAUGCACUUUAUUCUGGCAUAAUCAGGAAGCGUAACAUAUAAUAUAAUUAUUGACUCAAAAUGCUGCUGCCAGGCUUGCUGCUCUUCACUGGCUUUCUAUGAGUUUUAGAAUAGUCAUUUACUUGUUUUUAAACCCCAUGGGUUUCUGUUUUGUAUGUUCUGCUUUGUAAUAAACCACAAAGCCACAUGAGAAAGUUUGGUUCCUAUUUGUGCUCACUUCACAGCAGUAAUGUGAAGUAUGUAAAUGUAACCCCAGAGUAAUAAUUAACAUGCUCCAAAAAGCUGCCACCCUGCAGCAGCAGUCCUCUCCUACACUGCUACUACGCUGUAAAAAAAAUAAAGAGUUAAAGGGAUAUUAAGUUAGGGUCAAACACACCGUAACAUUGAGUUAGACACUCUGUCAAGAAAUGAACAUUGCUGACUGCUUGCUUCUCUAGUUAUACCAACUUUAGUAACGACCACAGGAUAGCAAUACACAGCGGUCUGAGGAGCCAUAAACAAACCUCAACCAAAAAGCCACUCUAUAGUCACAAAUAAUGCUCAGAUCAGCACCUAACUUCAUCAACAGGACAUAUAAGGUCCCAGCCACAGCACUAGCCAACAAACAUCUUUUUAACUUUGCCUGAUUUCUUUAUCAAAGAGACUAAACACAACUCACCUUCUCUCUUCCAGCAGCUGCUUGUUUGUAGCGAGACCUCAGGCAAGUCCAUUACAGACUGCUGUGGGUUGACGCAGCUCAAGGAAAAACAUUUAUGAUUAUUUCUUUAUCAUUUCCUUGAAAUAAUAAUCACCAUAUUAAUCAUUUUGCACUGCAGACGUGGUAGUUCUUCUGCCUUAGUGUCUCGGUCUGAUUGCAUUUUCAUGAAGAAAUGAUUAUUGCUAUCGUGCGGUCGUUACUUAAGUUGGUAUAACUAGAGAAACAGGCAGUCGACAACAUUCUUCUCUUGUGGGGGUGUCUAUAACUCGAUGUUGCGGUGUGUUUGAUUACUUAAUUUUACGCCAAAAUAUCCUUUUAAAUUUAAAACCCAUUUUAAUUUCAUUAACGUUUAUUCUGUCUUUCUCUUUGAUGUAAAUAGCCGUCCUCCGAAGAAGGAUUUUGUGGAAGUGACAGAGCUGACAGACCUCACAUACACCAGUAACUUGGUCAAGCUUAGACCAGGACACAUCAAUGUGGUUCUGGUACUCACUAACGCCUCCAAGACCACUUUACUCAGGAAGUUUGCCAAAGAGGUUUUCUCUUUCUCCGGGUAAGUCUCAGCUCAGCAGGAUUUUUCUCAAAUCUGUGCCGUCAUUCAUUAUUUCUACUUGAUCUUAAACUUCUCCAUCAUUACAGGACUCACAACCUCCACUUCUCCUUUCUCAAUGCUGAUAAACACCGCCACUGGAUGCCAUCUCUCCUUCACUCAACUUCUGCCGUGCAGGAUCAGGGCUGUGACGAGGAUGAGGAGUCUUCAGAUUACUCUGGCUAUGUUCUGGCUCUGAACGGCCACAAGAAGUACUUUUGCCUCUUCAGACCCGUCUUCACAGGGGACGAUCCCAACGACUCCUCAUCAGAGAGUUUCUUCUCCUCUGACAGCAGGAGAAAAUCGAGGUCUAGGUCCAGGUCCAGCUCCCACUCUAGAUCCAGGUCCCAUUCUAGGGAGGAUGGUGCUGGAGGGAAGAGGGGCUCUGGUAGGGCCACUAGUAUAGAGGUCCACCACAAGCUGGACAGACUGGGACUUUGGAUGGAGAGGCUGAUGGAGGGCACCCUACCUAGGUUACAGAUCCCUGCAUGGCCCAUUCUGGAUGAAGCCACAAACAACCUCUCCACGGAGAGUUGAGAUGACACUCACAGAGGUACGAGUGGUAACAGAAACACUAUGUGGUCUCACUAUUUAGGUAUGUGUCAUAGCAAAAAAAAUAAAUAAAAAUAAUGCAGUUUCUGAAAUAUUUAAGUUUCCUUUUGCACAGGUAGGUUGUUGCACUGAUCAGUUUGAACCCUUUCACAGAUUGUCUUUUAUUUAUUUUUCACAGAGUUGGGAGAAGGUAAAUUUAACAGCUUAGAAGCGCGUGCUAUACUGAAACCUUUUAAAAUGCAAUUUUGUGCAUGCGAGGAGCUGCAUAUAGGAGCAAAAGCAGAGUCAGAGCUGCUUGAAGGAAAACAACAAAAGCGAGCUUCUCCCGCUAUGUUAGAGCUGCAGUGCAUACAUUCACACAUCUCUCCCUUUCUCUCCCACACAAGUAGGAGGUACGUGUAAGCAAGCUACAGCUUCAUCACCUGGAGUUUCAUGUGACUGCUGGAGACACACAAACUGUAACUGUUCUGCCCAUAGGUGGUCCAUUAGCAUCAUGGUACAGACAAUAGCUGUUACAGAGUAAGUUCAGUCAUGUGAGCUUUCUUUUGUUCACACUUUAUAAGUUUAAGUGAUAUAGCUCAGAAUAAUAACCACAUUUUCUCAUUGCUGUACUGAAGUCCUUUGACCACUCGUCUCAAAAGUUUGCCUUAAACUAGAACACAUCUUUACAGCUGACACUCCUGUCCAUGUUUUCUAGAAAUACAGGAGGAGGAUUUACCUGCAUACUCUAUCAGAUCUUCUCGUAUUUUAGAGCGAUCCAAAUUAAGGCUUAACAGCAGAGCUUGAUGCACUGACUUUCUUGAUAAAUGGUUUGUUUUUAUACUCUAAGAUGCCCUCAGUUGAACUUGAGUUUUUCCUCUGCUCUUAUAUCUGACACAAAAUCUGAUUCUUGACUCUAGGACUGAAGUUUCAGAGCAAUCUGUGCAAUGGUAACCAGAUAAACUGUUUUAAUUAAUUAAUUGGUGAAAACUGAAGGUUAUAGGCUCUGCAUCAAGUUGCCAUAUCUUGCCACUUUUGUUUAAAUAUUAUGCAAAGAGCCAAGUUUGAAUUCUGGUAUCAUUGAACAUCAUUUUGGUUAUUGUAUCUAAAAUUAUAAAGCUGCCUUUAUGUUUGUUGUGGCUCAUGAGUUUUAAAGUUAAUGUUAGUUGUCUGAAUUGGGGAGAAACAAUAAAUGUUAGAUAAAAUUUGCCCUUUUUAAGAUUCCUCCCUUUCAAUACCUGUAAAAAUGUAUGCAUGAAUUGAGUAGGCCUAAAAUCACUAAUAAAUGUUGUUAGGGAAUUUACACUGGCAGCUUAAAUGUGUCAUCCAUCUGUCUUAUCUUUUUACUCUGUCAUGGAAUAAUCAGAUUUUUCACCAAAAGUAUUUCCAGCACACUGUAACUCCUGAUCAUUUCAAUUGUUUGCCCUUUAAAAGUCAUAUACUGUUUUUCCACAUGGCAUUGAAAGAAAUGAAGUGUAAAUUAUGAAAGACAUUUCUUUUAAAACUAUUAAUUUAUUAAAAUGGAAGACCUGCUUUGACA